AUGGCACCAAUAACACUCGCCUCAGUCCAAGCAAUUCCUCUAUCCUACGCCUCCUGCUCAAUCGGCUGCAGCUCCAGUGACACUCUCCCCCGCAAACUCGAAGCAAUCAGUAAAGCAGGAUUCACCUCGAUCGAGCUUUCAUUUCCCGACAUUUUGGAACAUGCAGCAAAUCUACAAGGCCAUCCAAUUUCGGCAGAUAAUUUUUCCACGCUCGUCACAGUCGCCGACGGGAUCCGGAAGCUCUGCGAUGCCAAUUCAUUGACCAUCAUGAUGCUGCAACCGUUCGCGAACUUCGAGGGCUGGCCGAAUGGGUCAACUGAAAGAGAGGAUGCCUUUACGAGGGCAAGGGGUUGGAUAGAGAUUAUGAAGGUUCUAGGGACAGAUAUGUUGCAGGUCGGAGCUACGGAUACACCACAAGACAAGAUAUCAAUCGCCCGUGAAGCAAUCGUUUCCGACCUCCGUGAGCUAGCCGACAUGCUGGCAAAGCACAAAUUCCGUAUGGCUUACGAGAACUGGUGCUGGUCAACUCAUGCACCUAGCUGGAAAGAAGUAUGGGAAAUCGUCUCAGCUGUCGACCGCCCGAAUGUCGGGUUGUGCCUAGACACAUUCCAGACAGCAGGGAGUGAAUGGGCAGACCCGACGACAGAAUCUGGACUCAUCGAAGAGGUACCGUAUGAUGUUUUGCGCAAGAACUUUGCUGCUAGCAUGGAUGAGCUCGCUCGCACCGUUCCGCCUGAUAAAAUCUAUCUGCUGCAGAUCUCAGAUGCGUACAAGGUUUCUCCGCCACUCAGGAAUGAGCCUAUUGAAGGACUAAGACCACGUGGUCGCUGGAGUCAUGAUUAUAGACCUAUGCCGUAUGAUGGGGGUUACUUGCCGAUUGAGGAUGUGGCGAAGGCGGUGUUGAAGACUGGAUUUCGUGGGUGGUUCUCUAUGGAAAUCUUUGAUGGCGGGCCAGAAGGGAAAGGGAAGAAGUAUGAGAUGGAAGCUUACGCAAAGAAGGCGAUGGAGAGUAUGCAGAAGUUGUUGAUGAAUUGCACGGAUGAGUGA